AAAAGCUAGGAACAAUUUCGGAAAGGUGAAGGUCACCAUUAUGUGUGUAGGGCAAUUUGAAGUUAGUUGCGUAAUUUCAACUUGUUAGCAAGCAUUAAUCCAGUGUUGUCAUUGAAGUGUAAGAAGCAAAAUGAGUGGAGCAGCAACAACAUCAGUGUUCAUGAAGCAGCUAAAAGAGAUGGUAUUAAUAUGUGGGUCUGGAAUUACCUUGUUUGCUGGCUACUCUAUUUACGAAGGUAAUGAGAAAUUUUACCGCCAGUUUGUGAUGCCUACAGUACGACUACUUGAUCCAGAGACAACACAUAACUUUGCUUUGUUUAUGGCGAAAAAUAAACUGGUGCCAAGACCAAAGAAACCUGAUCCACCCUCCUUGCACACCAAAGUUUGGGACAGAGAGUUUCCAAACCCAGUGGGUGUAGCUGCAGGGUUUGACAAGGAUGCUGUUGCUGUGGACGGUAUGUUGUGUACAGGAUUUGGCUUUGUAGAGGUUGGGAGUGUAACUCCUGAACCACAACCUGGGAACCCCAAACCACGUCUGUUUCGUCUGUGGGAAGAUAAAGCUGUUAUAAAUAGGUUUGGAUUUAAUAGUGAAGGCCAUGCAGUAGUUAGAGAAAGAUUGAUACACCGGAACUCUGGUCAACAUUUUGAUGAUGAGGGUUACAUUCCUUACAUUUCUGAAGAACGCAAUAUGUUAAAUAUUAAUUUGUGGACGGACACAUCAUGUUGUGAAUUACCGUCUGAUGAUGUAGAUCAAAAUAAAAAGUCAGGAAUCAUAGGAAUAAAUUUGGGUAAAAAUAAAACAUCGGACAGUCCUGUAGGUGACUAUGUGAAAGGUGUAGAAAGAUUUGGUGCUCUAGCAGACUAUUUAGUGAUUAAUGUAUCUAGUCCAAACACUCCUGGUUUAAGAAGUAUGCAGGGGAAACAACAACUGGAGGAACUUGUAGAAAAGGUGUGGAAAGAAAGAGAAAAUAUAGAAUCAAAGAGAAAACCACCAUUAUUAGUAAAAAUAGCACCAGAUUUAACAGAUCAGGAUAAAAAAGAUAUUACGGAUGUUGUAUUAAAGACACCAGGCAGAAUAGAUGGUUUAAUUGUAACAAAUACCACAAUUACACGGCCAGAAAGUUUAAAAAGUAAAUAUAAAGGGGAAACAGGAGGUUUGAGUGGGGAACCACUGAAAUAUUUGUCAACACAAACAGUUAAAGACAUGUAUAGAUUAACACAAGGUAAACUACCAAUAAUAGGUGUUGGAGGUGUGGCCUCGGGUCAAGAUGCCUAUGAUAAAAUCCGUGCCGGAGCAUCAUUAGUUCAACUUUAUAGUGCUUUAGUUUACCAGGGACCUCCAGUUGUUAGUCGUAUUAAAAGAGAGCUAGGAGAAUUAUUAGAGAAAGAUGGAUUUUCAAAUGUGUCAGAAGCUGUGGGAGUUGAUGUUAAUCUCAAUAGAUGAUGGAAUUGUGACAUGAAUAGAUGACAGUAAUUGUACAAGCAGAACACAUUAUGAUACAGUGAUGAUAUACAGACAUGAGAUUCUACUCCCAAACAAAAAUGAUGUCUGCUUAUAGAUUUCAGUACCCUCUGUAAAAGACACAAAAAUUGACAGAAGUAUUUUUUUGUGCUGGAUGUAGCUGUAGCUUUGACAGGAAAACAUUUUGGCAUGUAAUAUUGAACAAUGGACAUAGCUCGACUGACACAAGUGCUUGUGACUCUGAUAUAGAUGCUUGGAGAAUAAGUUAUAAAUGUUACAGUAUUUACAAAUGUACCGUUACUAACUUAACUUUAAACAAAAGAUCGGAUUAGUUGUUGAUAUAUUAGUACAUGUAAUAAACUUAUACAUGUAAGAUAUUUUGUAAUAAAUACAAUGUCAUUCCCUAAAUAUUUACUUUACUUGAAAGUGUACUUUUAAUUUUAAAUAUUUAUUAUGAUACAUGUAUAUAAAUAACAUACAACAUCUGACUUUAGAAAUUUAAUUAAAAAAUGUAAGGUAGGAUAUAUUACAAAUAUAGACAGAUAUGGUCUACAUUUUUGCCUAUAUUUUUUAACAUUUGUCUGUUAAUGAUGUCUUGCCAAAGAUUAUAAUACUGUUUAAGUGUUAUGAUUUAGUCUGAAUCAAAAUAUGUGUUCUAGGUGUUUAUAGUAUUUUUAGCUCACCUGUCACAAAGUGACAGGCUGAGCUUUUGUGAUCGCUUUUCGUCCGGCGUCCGUCCGGCAUCCGUAAACUUUUACUUUAAAUGACAUCUCCUCAUAAACCACUAAGCCAAUUUCAUCCAAACUUCACAGGAAAUGGAAUGUUCCUUUGGUGGUCACCUUUGAAAAUUGUUCAAAGAAUUUAAUUCCAUGCAGAACUCUGGUUGCCAUGGCAACCAAAAGAAAAAACUUUAAAUAUCUUCUUCUAAAAACCCCAAAGAGCUAGAGCUUAGAUAUUUGGCAUGAAACAUCUUCUAGUGAGUGUCUAACAAGUUUCUUCAAAUAAAAGCCCUGGGGUCAAAAUUGGCCCCGCCCCAGGGGGUCAUUGAUUUUCCCUAUAUGCAUAUAGUAAAAACUUGAAAAAUCUUCUUUUAAAGAACCGAAAGAGCUAGAGCUAAGAUAUUUAGCAUGAAAAAUGUUCUAAUGGAUGUCUACCAAGUUUGUUCAAAUAAGAGCCCUGGGGUCAAAAUUGGCCCCGCCCCGGGGUCAUUGAUUUUCCUUAUAUGUGUAUAGCAAAACUUAAAAAAUCUUCUUUGAAAAAAACCAAAUAGCUAGAGUUUAGAUACUGAGCAUGAAACCUCUUCUAGUGAGUGUCUACCAAGUUUGUUCAAAUAAAAGCCCUGGGGUCAAAAUUGGCCCUGCCCCGGGGGUCAUUCAUUGUCCUUAUAUGUGUAUAGCAAAAACUUAAAAAUCUUCUUUGAAAGAACCUGAAUAGCUAGAGUUGAGAUAUUAAGCAUGAAACAUUUUCUAGUAAGUGUCUACAAAGAUUGUUCAAAUAAAAGCCCUUGGGUCAAAAUUGGCCCUGCCCCAGGUGUGUCAUUGUUUUUAACUACAUGUAUAUGUGUAAAGAGAAAACUUGACCAGCUAGACCUUAGAUGUUUAGCAUGAAACAUCUUCUAAUGGGUGUCUACCAAGUUUGUUCAAAUAAAAGCCCUGGGGUUUAAACUGGCCCCGCCCCGGGGGCCUAUAUACAGGUGAGCGAUUUCAGGGCCAUCAUGGCCCUCUUGUUUUGAAAAACUGAGAAUUAUUUUACAUGCAUUUGCAAUAUUUCAUAUUUUUUUCAUAGAUAACAAGAAUUAAGCAUCAGUGAAAGUCGUGAUAUGCAUUUACUGAAAAGAAAUAAAUUGGUAAAGACGCUUUCUUAUUUUGAAUUGAAGGAUUUAAAACCAUCUCAAAUGAAAUAUUUUUAUAAGAUUUAAAAAUGGUAAAAUUAUACGGUUUACAUAAUUUUAUGACAAAUUCUGGAAAGAGUUGUAACAAAGAAUGUUUCUGUUAUUCAACACACAUGAAAACUGUGUAAACAGAAUAAAAUGUUCCAGAAAAAAAAUGCUGAUAUUUUAAGUAGAGUAGGUUUUGAACCUCCUGCAUAAUUCACUUAGCAGGAAUAAUACCAUAUUCAAACAAAAAAUUUGUUUGCUCAAGGUAGCAAAGAUGUAGCUUAAUACACAUUAAAGAAAUUAUUUAUUUUUAGCUCGACUAUUCGAAGAAUAUGAGAGCUAGUAGUCGUUCCGGCGUCGGUGUUGGUUAAAGUCUUUAGUGAAGUCAAAUAUCUAAUUAUUGCUUGAGAUAUUCAAUUGAAACUUACAAUACUUAUUUAUAGUAACAAUGUACAUCAGAUUGACAAGUUGGAUAACUCUGCCUACAAUAUUUAUAGAAUUAUGCCCCUUUUUAACUUACAAAUUCUGGUUAAAGUCUUUUGUUAAGUCAAAUAUCUCAAUAACUAUCAGAGAUUUUGAUUUGAAACUUCUCAUAUGCAUGAAGGGUCAUAAUUGUAUAUUUCUGACCAAGUUCCAUAACUCUAUCUUGCAUUUAGGCUGAUUUAUCUCCCCCUUUUCUACUU